AUGGAUCACGACAGAGGCAGCACGCAGCAUGUCGCCUUCCACAUGGAGGACAUAGCCAACGUUAUCAAAGAAGAGGAAGAGGAAGAGGUAGAAAAGGAAGUGGAGGAAAAGGAUAUUGAAGAUGACGACCAGAGGACACCCUUUACGGCUAAUGGUCGGCCAGGGCCUAAGGAAACAGGCGAUGAGCGAGAUCAGCUGCCUUUCCUCAAGGCCCGCCAAGCGCGCUACUCUGUCAUCUCUGCUCCGGGUUUCACUUUGUCCUCACGGCCUUCCUUCGGCGGCAUGUCUUCGAGGCCUUCCUUAGGUGGGCUUUCCUCUAGGCAGUCGUUCCAAGGGCUGUCGUCUCGUCCGUCCAUGGCGUCGCUUCGGUCCAGUAUUUCGAGGGUCCACAGCGAACUCUAUCCUGAGCGAGGGUCCUUCGUGGCCUUCAGGUUGGGCCACUCCCUUGCCGACAUCGCGCCGCUGGCCCGCAAGAUGUACAUCAUCACACAGGUGCUAGCGGCGCUAUCUGUAUCCAUGGGGUCAAUGGCUGUCGGCUUCACGGCUGCCUACACCUCCCCGGCCCUCGCCUCCCUGGACGCCGCCGCCAACGCUACAUUGGAUGCCCUCAACAUCACUCUCGACGGUACCAAUGCCACCGACAACGCCACCCUUGAAGCGCUCAGUUCCACCCUGACGGUCAAUGAGGAGCAGAAGUCAUGGAUCGGUUCCCUGAUGCCGCUCAGCGCUCUGAUCGGCAGUAUAUUAGGCGGCUACCUCGUCGACGCCCUCGGCAGGAAGAUGGUGAUUCUUUUAUGUGGGCCUCCCUUCAUUGUAGCGUAUAUCUUGAUCGGGUCUUCCAUCAACGUGAUGAUGAUCUACGUGGGACGCGUGUUGGGCGGCCUGUGCGUGGGUCUGCUCACCCUCACCUUGCCUGUCUACCUCAGCGAGACUGUACAGCCGGAGAUUCGUGGCAUUCUGGGCCUUCUACCGACCACCUUCGGGAAUGCCGGCAUCCUAGUGUGCUUCUUAGUGGGGUCACACGUCAGUUGGUGGGUGCUGGCCUACGUCGGCGCCAUCGUGCCGCUCGUCUUCACCACCAUGAUGUGUUUCGUGCCGGAAACACCGCGAUGGUACAUCUCCAAGGAUCGCGUGGAGGACGCUCGCAGCGCCCUGCAGUGGCUGCGAGGUUCCUUCAAUGAUGUGGAGUUUGAAUUGGAGGCAAUCCAAAUCAACUAUGAGAUGUCGAGCCAGACGAGCUCUUCCUUGAUGGAUGUGUUCACUCGACGACACAUUCGCCCAUUCCUACUGUCCAUGGGCCUCAUGCUGAUUCAGCAGCUUUCAGGUAUCAACGCAGUCAUCUUUUAUACUGUGGAUAUCUUCGAGAUGUCUGGCUCCGCCAUCAGUGGCCAUCUGUCUACCAUCAUCGUGGGCGUCGUCAACCUGCUUGCCACCUUCGUGGCUAACGCCGUGAUCGACAAGGUGGGCCGCAAGGUGCUUGUGUAUAUCUCCAGUGGCCUCAUGGUGGUCUCCCUGCUGGCCCUUGGCUCCUUCUUCCAUGUGCGGGAGAAUGCUGAGAGUCUCCCAGCUGACCAUGUGGACGCCGAGUGGUGGGCGGCGACGAUCGAAAGCAUUUCGUGGCUGCCGCUGGUGAGCUUCAUGAUCUACGUGGUCGCCUUCUCUCUGGGAUGGGGACCCAUUCCCUGGCUCUUUAUGGGAGAGGCCUUGCCGGCCAAGGUCAGGGGCCCCGCUGCCUCCAUGGUCACGGCGCUGAAUUGGACAUGUACCUUUGUCAUCACCAAGACGUUCCCAGGCAUGGUGCAGCAAUUGGGGCCUUCCAUCGUAUUCUUCAUGUUCUCGGGCAUCAUGGUCUUGGGUUCAUUCUACGCAGUGUUCCUGGUGCCGGAGACAAAGGGCAAGAUGCUGGAGGAGAUCGAGGAAGAGUUGUCAGGGAGGAAAAAGCACGGCAAUAGGAGCAGGAAGAUAAGCACAGUUUCUGGCCUCAACAUGAAAUAAUGAAGAUGACCGCUACGAGUUUUCUACUCACGCCAGGUCCCCUACCACCCUCCCCGCCGUCCCCCGCCGCGACGGUAAUUUACCCGACUGGCAUAGGCAGUGAUGUUGCAGCAGACCAACACGAAGCCUGAUGAACGGUUGAUGGGGAGACCCUGAACUCUGCCAGCGGCGUGGGACACAUUCCUGUCGGCGGGCGGAGUGGAGGACAAGGAAGGAAUGGACUAAGGUCACUAGUUCAUUCUUGUGACUUUGGAAUAGACAGGCAUGUGGAUCUGUGGCUUGGAGCGCCUGUGAUGAUGAACAUGAGAAGUGAGGACACAGAGCCGUGAGAGCUGUACAAGACGAGGAGAGCCGUUGAGUGACGCUUGAUGACAACCGUGUGGAAAGGCAUUGAAUUAUCGGUGUGUGAUGUUGCAGCGUAUAUAUUGUUGAAUACUUUUGUACUAUAAUUUUAAUUUACUAACUUGGCUUUGUUUUUGUGUCAGUCAUGUUCACGUCCCGCUUAGGAGUGCCUUAAUUGUCAGUAUCAGAAGACCACCAUCCUGGGAAAAUUAGACACGCUUUGAGUGUGUAUUAUUUACUAUACCAUCUAGUAAGACACCAAGAAUUCGAAAUGUGUACAUGUACGUGUGUGUUCAUUCUUAGAAACUGACUUGCACUGGUGUGUGAGGUGCAGUGACAGCACCUUCAUACCGAGAGGAAACGCCACGAGAGACGUCGAGUGAAGAUAAGAAAUAAAAACACGAAGAAAUUAUGCAGUACUAAAUCACCAUUGUUUGGUGUCUGUAUUAAUUGUAUAGAUUGUAAAGCAACAAUUGACGGUGAUGAUAAACUUGGCAUAUUUUUUUCUUUAUUCUAUCUAUCUUCCUCAUUUACUGCUGCCAUCUCUCUCUCUCUCUCUCUCUCUCUCUCUCUCUCUCUCUCUCUCUCUCUCUCUCUCUCUCUCUCUCUCUCUCUCUCUCUCUCUCUCUCUCUCUCUCUCUCUCUCUCUCUUCUCCUCUUCCUCCUCCCACUUCAGUUGCAGAUCUCUGGGUUGCCCCACCGGCGGAUGCUGAUCAUAUAAGCUGAUAAACAUGUCAAUACUUGUGAAAACACCAGUUCUUAUGCAUAUUCUUAUUAAAACUAUGACAGCGUA